AUGGCGCUUCAUGGAACCAACUUAUCCUUCAAUGAUUUCAAUGUCUUGCCACAUUCAUUCAUCCAUAGCUUUCAGAAGCUGCAUCAUGUUUUUCUGCCUUCCUAUACUCCAAAUAAGAAGGUACUUUUAAGCAGAAGUUUUGGAAGAGAAGACCAAUUAUGUCUUUUACCUUGUCAAUUUGUCAAGUCGCAAAUGGGAAGAUUCGUGAGACCACUGAGAGUUAAAAGUGAAGACUCAGAGAGCACAUUGAGUGAUGAGAACAUUGCAUUGGAUAAAGAAGAGACUUUGGAAGAUGAAUUAAAAAAUGCCAUAUCCGAAGAGAAUUAUGUUAAAGCAGCAAAAAUUAGGGAUACCCUAAAAACUCUGAAGAAAGAUAGCAAGACAACAUUAUUAGGAGCAAAUAACCGAUUUUAUGAGUCAUUCAAGACGGGUGACCUUGCAGCCAUGCAAUCCCUGUGGGCGAAAGGGGAUGAGGUAUGCUGUGUUCACCCUGGUUUGAAGGGGAUAACUGGUUACGAUGAUGUCAUUGAGAGUUGGAAUUUUGUAUGGGCUAACUACGAGUUUCCAUUGGAAAUUAAGCUAGAAAGCAUUAAUGUUCAUGUUAGAGGAGACACAGGAUAUGUUACUUGCAUGGAAUUUGUGAAGACAAAAGGAGGCAAAUGGGGAGGACAAUUUGUAACAAAUUUGUUUGAGAAGAUUGAUGGACAGUGGUUUAUCUGUAUCCACCAUGCUUCCCCAGUAGACCUAUAA